AUGCAAAACGAAGGCACGUUGGACGAACCAAUAACAUUAAAGUUCUGCUACGGAAUUAAUGAGUCGCUUAGUAGUGUGCACGUGAUAAGGAAGCCAAAACAGGAAGGAGACACGACACAGGAACAUGGAGAUCCCCUGAUUGUCUACACCUCCGAUAACAAUAUCGUCAUUGUAGAUGAAAAGGAACAACUACUAUUUAGGGGGCAUGUUAACAAAAUUUCAAAAUUGAUAAAAAGUUAUAAUAAUGAAUUUAUCGUUUCUUGUGACAAGGGGAAGGAUUCUUUCAUCAUUUUGUGGAGACUAAAUCAGAACGCCUUACUUCCCGUUAAGAAGUUUUUUUUUCACAGUUCCCAUGAGCCCUCAGGUAAGAGUGAGUACAAAAAAGACAUGGAUGGGGAGGAAUUCAACAGGAAUGACAGUUCAUGUCUGGUAAACAGUCCACUUGGAGGAACCCAGGAAGGAGUGACCAGUGGACAUGGAAACAUUGCCGAAGUAGGUAACGUAGGAUACGAGUGCGUGGAUAUAAGUUUUGACAACAGGUACAUAUGCGCACUGACGGAGAAGCAACCCUACGUUAAGGGAAAUCAAAGGAGUACACAGGGAGAGUCAAUCCACCAUAAUAACAAUGGAAGAAGCAGUAUGAAUGCCGUUUUUUACCAAGAAAUCGUCAUCUUCGAUACGAACGGAGGGGAAGACAACAUUGUAUGCAAAGAUAAAAUAUAUGGGAAGGAAACUCAAGAGAAAAUUCGAUUCAAUAAAAAGUAUGAAAUAAUUUCAAAUAGUAAAUCCAAGUUAUACAUUUACAAUUUUGCAAAAAAACAUAGAACAAUUACCCAUUACAGUCCUUCCUUAUAUAAAAGUAACAUAAUAAAUGAGCGUUUUAUAUUUACGGAAACGUCUUUUGUGGAUAACUCCACAAUGCUCUUGACAGGCACGACAAAUGGGUACCUCAUUGUCUGGGAUUACAGUUCCAUAUUCUUGAGCAAAACAAAACAAACGGUUAAACAAAGGGAAUAUCAAAAGUACCUAGAAAUAAGAAAAGACAUUCCAAUAAACAUUGUUCAGAGUUAUGGACAUUUUGUCAUUUUAGGGCUCAGUGAUGGAAGCGUUCAGGUAUUUGAUACAAACCUCAAAUGUUACGCAUGGUUUGAGAAUAUCCAUGUGGGGCAAAUUAAAUCCAUCUCUUUUGAAAUGUCUAAUUUUGAGGAAGACUUCUUUUCAUGGAACUCUUUCAUCAUAUUCACUGAAAAAAACGUUAUUAAACAAAUACACCCCAACAGUUUUAACAACGUGGGGAAUACUACCCAGUGGGAUGACAACUACGGCGAUCAGCAUGGAGUAGGGGGGAAACACAUCCCGGGAGAAGUGCCCAUAGCAAGUGGUGCUAAGAACACACUGAAUGAACCCCCCCAGACAGAAAAUAAAUUGCUACUUCACUUUGACAGCUCCUGCAUCAGCUGCAUAUGCACAAAUCCAACUAGCGAAAAAAACGUGAUAUACAUUGGAAAUGAAAACGGGCUAAUUGAAAUCUUCGACUUUGACAAAAACGUAAAAGUGCAGUCAAUUUGCUUGACAUCGAAAGAAAUCGUAUCCAUACUUUUCAGCAACAGUGGAAAUAUACUCUGCGUGGGAUGUAAGUGCGGAUUCAUUCAGAUGAUCACAGCGGAUAAUCUCAAAACAUUUUUUUCCAGCAGAGAUAUGAAAUACCAAGUGACUUACCUGUACUUCAGUGAAGAUGACAAAAUACUCAUUGCUUCUUCUGCAAAUGCUAAUAUGAUAAUUUAUAAAAAUGAUAAUUGUGAUAAUCCCUUCGACUGGAAGUUUGCCUACAGAAUUGUUAACACUAAUAAUAUUACAUUAACCGAUUUGAAAAUCGUUAAGGAAAUUCACAAAAAAAAUUAUUACAUCAUUGUAGGCAUAACAGACAAUAGGUAUAUGAUAUUCUAUCAUUACAACUUUCUCGAAAAUAAUGUAAUCAUUUCCUAUUUACCCAUAGAACAGAUUUACGUCCCAACGUGCCUUUCGCAAAAUCUGUCCUUUUACGAUAGACAAAUAUUAUGCAUCUGCAAUGAAGCGUCCAAAAUCCGUUUCUUCGAUUUGGAGACCAAAAAAAUCGUAAAAACGGUUCACCUCCCGUUUAGGGAGAAGAAUGUGAAAAAGUUUCUGCCCCUCAGGGGUUACGGGGGAAACGAUACUCUCACCGCUGACGGAAAGAACAAAUCAACCGAACCAGAUAAACACAACCUGGAAAAAAAUAAUAUAUUCCUAUUUGUGCUUAACGAAAACAUGAUUGUGUUUACCCAAACACCUAUAGAUGCAAACUGCUUCAGGUACAUAGGGGUAAUCGUCUCCAGUGGGGCUAUACAAAAUGUCAUUUCGAAGAAUGAAAACAUUUUUAUACUGAGUAACAACAAAAUCUUCUACUAUCAUAUUAACGCUAAUGUGUUAAAAAAAAACAUAGAGGUCCAAAGUAACACACUACAAAAUUUUAUCGAACAAAUUGGAGGAAAGACAAGCAACAUGUAUAGAGAAAUUAUGGACUCCUUUUAUUACUGUGAAAUUCAAAAGAAAAAAUUUCAACAAAAAAAAGAAAAACAUGAUAUCAAGAAAUUGCUUAAUAUUCUGUCUAUUGAGUACAUCUUUGCCUCUAUCAAUGUGUUCCUAUCCAAAUUUGAAAUACAGAACAUAAUACAGGAGUAUCACUUUUACUAUAAGUACGUGCUUCCACUGCUGAUGGAGAGCGGGGCUCCUGUCGCCGAAUCCCUUUCCAUGGCUGACGGUAUCACACUGGUGAAUUAUAAAUCCGACGACGACCUCCUCCUGCAAAACCUCUUUUUUGUGCGGCCCCCUGGGUGCACGGAUACCCAGGAACAUUCCGACAAAGACGCCCUGAGCGAAAGUUGCGCAGGCAUCAAUUCCAGUCAACGAAAAAGAAGAGACAAAAGCGACGACGACAAAAAGGAUGAGGAUAACCAAAGCGAAGCAAAUCCAAGUGGUACAGAAAACACCCUCGAUGGGGACAUCACAAAGGAUUGCGAACAUAUAUAUUUCAACAUCAAUGCGUUUAUUUAUACCUACUUCAAUUUCGCUACGGAAGAAGAAACGAAUUUGGAGCAAGUAAUACAAAACAUCGGAAGUUAUUACAAAGAUAGUAAUAAAAAGAAAAAAAUUUCUUGCAGUGAUUUUUUUGAGAUGCUAGAAAAUUACGGAGAAACCAUGGACCAAAAUGAGUUUCAAAGAAUUUUUCAAAUUUUUACAAAAAGUGAGGAGUUCCUUAACGGUUCCGACAUAUUCGACUUGGAUUUGUUGAAGGACCUACUCACGUAG